CAGGCUAUACCUAGGAAAUGACGUCAGUGCGGGGAAUAUGGCGUCUGCAGUGUCUAUGGACUCUACAGACAAACAGUAUAUUGAUAUCAAGUUAAAAUAACGACUAAUUAAAGCCGCGGUGGAAUUGUAAAUGGACGAUAAGGAAUCUUCGGCCAUGUUUUUUUAUUGUCCUUUUUCUUGAUCUCGGAUGUAAACCCGCAACACAUGUCAGAAGAAGCCAGGUCUGCCUGGUCAAAGAGGGGUUGUGGGGACUCGCAGCGCCGAGGUGAUUCAGAGAAGGGCGUUGUUAGUUUCUCCCGGGACACAAGGGCCACUGUCCUCUGAUUGGCUCGGAAUACCCCCUCUGACAUGCCCGUGGCCAAUCAGAGGUGUGUGAUGUCGGCGGGGGAGGUGGAGAUGUACCUGUCCCAGGUGCAUGAUGGGAGCGUGUCCUCAGGGUUUCGGGCGCUCUACGAGGAGAGACUCCUAUUGGACGUCACACUGCUCAUAGAGGAACACCACUUCCAGGCUCACAAAGCCCUGCUAGCGACCCAGAGUGACUACUUCCGGGUCAUGUUCACAGCAGACAUGAGAGAGAGAGACCAGGACAAGAUCCACAUGAAAGGGUUAACAGCUGCCGGCUUCGGCCACGUACUGAGGUUCAUGUACUACGGUUCACUGGAGCUCAGCAUGGUCACUGUGCAGGAGAUACUACAGGCAGCCAUGUAUGUCCAGCUGACAGAGGUGGUAGAGUUCUGUUGUUCCUUCCUGCUGUCUAAGAUUUGUCUGGAGAACUGUGCUGAAGUGCUGAGGCUGCUUGAGGACUUCAGCGUGGGGGUGGAGGGUGUGCAGGAGCAGCUUGACAACUUCCUGCUGGAGAACUUUGUUCCUCUGAUGAGCAGACCUGACUUCCUGUCCUACCUCAGCCUUGAGAGACUGCAGGCGUACCUGGACAGUGAUGCCCUGAGUCGCUUCCCGGAGAUAGAGCUGUAUGAGUCUGUCCAGGCCUGGCUCCGACACGACCGCCGCCGCUGGAGACACACAGACGCUGUCGUCCAGUCUCUACGCUUCUGUCUGAUGACUGCUGCUAACGUCUUCGAGAAGGUGAAGACGUCAGAGUUCUAUCGUUACUCUCGACGGCUGCGUCAGGAGGUGGACCAGGCUCUCGGCUACUUUCACGACGUCAACGAGCAGCCGCUGGUUGAGACGCGGUCCAACCGCAUCCGCUCAGUCCGACCACAGACCGCCGUGUUCAGGGGCAUGAUCGGACACAGCAUGGUCAACAGCAAGAUCUUACUGCUGCACAAACCCAAGGUGUGGUGGGAGUUGGAAGGUCCCCAGGUCCCUCUCCGUCCAGAUUGCUUGGCCAUCGUCAACAACUUUGCCUUCCUGUUGGGUGGGGAGGAGCUAGGGCCUGACGGGGAGUUCCACGCCUCCUCUAAAGUCUACCGUUACGACCCCCGCCAGAACUCCUGGCUACGCAUGGCCGACAUGUCUGUACCCAGGUCAGAGUUUGCAGUGGGGGUCAUUGGUAAGUUCAUCUACGCUGUUGCUGGCCGGACGCGGGACGAGACGUUCUACUCCACGGAGCGCUAUGACAUCACGGCGGACCGCUGGGAGUUUGUGGACCCGUACCCGGUCAACAAGUACGGUCAUGAGGGCACAGUCCUAAACGGUAAACUCUACAUCACAGGAGGAAUCACAUCCUCAUCCACCUCCAAACAGGUGUGUGUGUUUGACCCUGGGCGAGACGCAGGGGGAGGGGUGUGUUUAGCGGGCUCGGGGGGAGCAGGAACGACGGAUACACACAGGACACGCUCAGCUCGCACCCCCAUCCUCCCCAGCACACACACCAGCUGCUGGGAGAACAAGUCGAAGAUGAACUACGCUCGCUGCUUCCAUAAGAUGAUCUCCCAUAACGGGAAGCUGUACGUGUUCGGGGGGGUGUGUGUGAUCCUCCGGGCGUCAUUCGAGUCGCAGGGCUGCCCAUCCACAGAGGUCUACGACCCUGAGACAGAUGAGUGGACCAUCCUGGCGUCGAUGCCCAUCGGGCGCAGUGGGCACGGUGUGGCGGUGCUGGACAGACAGAUCAUGGUGCUGGGGGGCCUCUGCUAUAAUGGACACUACUCUGACUCCAUCCUCACUUUCGACCCCGACGACAACAAGUGGAAGGAAGACGAGUAUCCCAGGAUGCCUUGCAAACUGGACGGGCUGCAGGUGUGCACUCUACACUUCCCUGAGUACGUCCUGGAGCACGUCCGGCGCUGCAGCUGAGGUUCCGCUGUCUGCCGCUGUGUCAGGUGUCCUGGGUUUGAUGACGGGGACUGCAGCUGUCCUGGCUGCUAGAGAGGUCAAGGAGAAACUGGCAGCUCUGAGUCUCAGUAUUGAAGAGUUAGCUAGUAUGGCUUUCCUGUCCCUCUAAUGUCCUGUCCAGGAACACAUGUGGCAGUUAUGUGAAGCAGGAGCGUGGGCCUGGGUGGACACAGGCCCACCAACUGGGGAGCCAGGCCUGUCCACAUUUCUGUUGGCCCCCCAACAAUGAAUUUCUGGAUACGACCCAGAUAUGAAUGGACAGAUCUUAUCUGCUAAUAAUGUCUGUUUUGGUGUUUGUGUUGGCCCCCACACGGGCCUUUGCAGAUUACAUUUAUUUGACAGGACAACGUAGUCUGCUGGAUUAAAGUGUGUGUUUCAGCUCCCGUCCCUCUACACUACUCCAGAGCCCCAGCUCAAGUAAGUGGAGUCAGAGGCGGGGCCAGU